ACAGCUCCCGGGUGCUGAAGCCAAGGCCGGGCUCGGCGUGGGGGGAACUUGGCGCCAGGCCCAGCCAUGCCUGCGGGGGCCCCGUGCAGCCUUUUCUUCGCCUCUGUCCUCUUGCUGAGGGCAUGCGCCCAGAGCUUCGGCCAGACGCGCUUCAUCUGCACCUCGGUGCCGGUGGAUAUGGACAUGUGCACCUCCUCCCUGCCGAGCAGCGGCACCGCCGAGGAGCUGCAGACCACCGUCCUGCAGCUCCGGGAGACAGUGCUCCAGCAAAGGGAGACCAUCAUGAACCACAAAGAGACCAUCCGGGAGCUGACCACCAAGCUGGGCCGGUGUGAGAGCCAGAGCCUGCCGGAGGCGGGCCCCAGCGAGUCCAAGACGGGCGGGGGAUCCAGCCGCAAACAGCCCGGCUCGUCCAAAAACACCAUGGGGGAUCUGUCCCGGGCGCCAGCGGCUGAGACCUUGAGCCAACUUGGGCAAACUUUGCAGUCACUUAAGACAAGGCUAGAAAACCUAGAGCAGUUUAGUAGGAUCAACUCGUCAGGCCAGACCAACCACCUGAAGGAUAUACUCCAGAAUAAAAUAGAUGACUUGGAGAAGCAAGUUCUGUCCAGAGUGAAUAGCCUGGAGGAAGGAAAGUUAAAUCCCAAGAACGAGUCCGAGGAAAGAAGCAAAAUCGAGAGCACGCUAACUUCCCUGCACCAGAGGAUCAGUGACUUGGAGAAAGGGCAGAAAGACAACCGUCCCACCGACAAGUUCCAGCUGACCUUCCCGCUGCGGACGAACUACAUGUACGCCAAGGUGAAGAAGAGCCUUCCCGAGAUGUACGCCUUCUCCGUGGGCAUGUGGAUCAAGUCCAACGCCUCGCCCGGGGUGGGGACGCCCUUCUCCUACGCGGUGCCGGGCCAGGCCAACGAGCUGGUGCUCAUCGAGUGGGGCAACAACCCCAUGGAGAUCCUCAUUAACGACAAGGUCGCUAAGCUCCCGUUCGUCAUUAACGAUGGGAAGUGGCACCAUAUCUGCAUCACCUGGACCACGCGGGACGGCGUGUGGGAGGCCUACCAGGACGGCACGCAGGGGGGCCACGGAGAGAACCUGGCUCCCUAUCACCCCAUCAAACCGCAGGGGGUCCUGGUCCUGGGUCAGGAGCAGGACACCCUGGGCGGGGGGUUUGACGCCACCCAAGCGUUCGUGGGCGAACUGGCCCAUUUCAACAUCUGGGACCGGAAGCUCAGCCCCGGGGAGAUCUACAACCUGGCCACGUGCAGCACCAAAGCCCCCGCCGGCAACGUCAUCGCCUGGUCCGAGACCAACAUCGACAUCUACGGGGGAGCCACCAAGUGGACUUUCGAAGCUUGCCGCCAGCUCAACUAGUGGCUGGAGCGCAGCCCCCUCCCCGGAAGGAAUCCAGGACUAAAGUCUGUCUCCCCCUCCCCCGUCUGUCUGUCUGUGCAAAAGCAAACCCAGCAAAGCAACAGGGCAGGGGCAUUGCCCGCUCUGGCCGGGGGGCCGGGCCCCGGGCAGCGCCGAACUGCGCAACUGGCGAGUAGGUGAGAGGGUUGGUUCGUUCUUCUUCGCUUUUUCUCUGGAGCGCUGCGGCCCCGCUUCCAGCUCCCCUGAACCGGCUCAUUUCUGUCUUGCCAACUUCCUUUGAAGCCUGCGUGCCUUGGGCUGGUGCAGCUCCUUAGCACAUCUGUCUUCAUUUGCAUCCUCGCUCGGGAGAGCGCGCUGUCCCUGCUCUCCUCCACCGCUCCCCAGCGCCGCGCCUUCCCUUGGAGCCAAGCGGAGGGCAUGGCCACCCCAGGAAAUGGCGCGUGGGGUGUGUGACCCUGGGGGGGGGGGCGCUGAGUUCUUGGGGCCAUUCGUACCCGCACGCCCCCACCCCUGAGCACCGUGGCAGUGGGCCGGAGCACUAGGCGGGCCUGACUUUGCUUUGGGGGGGGGGGGGGCUGACUCAGGAGCCUCCGAUCCCCGGUUACUUUUGGGGGGGGGCUCCUUCAGUCUUUCAGUGCCAGGGCGUGACUCCUCUUUACUUGGACUGGCUCUGCAGGAGCAUAGGAGAAAGACCCCCCCCCCACACACACACACUUCCCCACCCCUCCUUCCCUUAGUGGGCUAGGAAGCGGAGCCGCAAACCCGGGCAGAGCUCAGACCCCCUUUCCUCGCGGGGUAGGGGGACCUGCUUUCUUUUCAAACCCCUCCGACUCCCCAGACUCCUUUCUUCUCCACCCUGACCCCCGCCUCCAUUCAACGUUUGGCUAGCAGGGGCGUUUCUUGGCCAGUAACAGCCCUGCCCUUGUGUCCUAGGAAUGGGGGUUUGUGGCCAGAAGACCCCCCCAGGAGCCAGGUGGGAUCCUGCUCGGUCUCUGACUUGCUGAAGCCGGCGCACCUUGGGGCCCCUGCUGGUUUGCUGGCCCCUGAUUUACCGUCAGCUCAGCCUAGGUCUCUUCCUCGGCCGCAAAGCGCCCAUCCGCAGGCCCCAGAGACCCGAAGGGCUAAGGGGAGCUGUGGGAGUGGGGGCAAAGCAGGAGAUUUGAAUCCUCCGGCCACAGCAGGGACCCGAGUUCGGGUCAGGCGCUUGCAGGGGCCCGGACUCUAGUCAAGCACUUCUUCCCAGACCCGACCUGGCCCAGCCGCAGCCACCCCUCUCCAGCCGGGGGAGGCGGGUUAGGUCUCGCCUGGGUCUGCGCCCGGCCGCUCUUGUCCCACGUUUACUUGUCCCAGGGGCUGUUUAUGGAACUUUCUACGGGGCGGCCCAGCCCCCCCGCCCUUUGAGGCACCCCUGGCAGUGGCUUCCCGCAGAGGCGGCGUGGGGGGGAGCUGGCUUCGUCUCGGUUACCGAGCCUGGACUCGCCUGCUUGCAUGGGCUGCUGCAGGCUGGGGUCUGCCCGAGCGAUGUUCAUGCCAUAGGAUGUCCUGGGGGCACAUUCCCAGCAGGAGGGUGGCUGAGGCGGCAGCGUUAUCCCUCCCCGGCGCCCCCUCCCCCUCCAGCUAAACUGCUCCAGGCGUUAGUCUUUAAAACACAUUCAAGUCCCGCUGGCCUUCAAACCAGCAGCCCUGCGACUUUUAGGAGCUGUCCCUUCAGCACCACGGCGGC